AUGAACAAUUCAAAGCCAAUCAAAAAGACGAGCCCAGCAACGCAAUUGGCCAGUCGAAUAACGAUCGCUUUAAUCGCCGUGCUCAUUUACAUCGUUUUAAUGGCAGUCACUGGCAGCGCUGUCUAUGCUAUUCACGGCCGACCCGCCGCCACUACCGACGUGCAAGGCGUGAAACCUGGGGCCGGUGUUUGCCCGCAGGCGAUUUGUCCAGCCAUCCCUGCGUGUCAGGAAGCUUUCUGGAUGGAAUGCGAACCGAAACCGACGGCCCCGCCCUGUUUCACGACCUUGGCUCCUUAUUGCCAGGCUUCGUGUCAAGCGGAUCACAUUUGCUUGUGCCCGACGGCCAGUCCGUGUCCCACCGUCCGACCUACACCAGCGCCACCUUCCAUCGACGUCUUCCUCACAUCGAGACGGCACACGAAGAGCGUCUCGCAAUGGCUCAAUUUUUACCCGCCAUUUUCGAAGAAUCGGCUGACCGUCGUCACCACCUUACUGGACGAAGCGCUGGAACCGUGGGCGUUGGCCGGCUACCUGCACAGGUGUGCGGACAGCCCGCAGCACCCGAGACACGAGACGACGUGCGGCUUCUGCGGCGAUCGGUACGCCUACGUCGAUUGCGUCAUGUCGAGCAAUUUGAUUGAGGAAACGAGCGGAAUGGCGGCCGUCGAUCAGACGUGGGUCAAUCAACCGGAGUUUACGGCCAUGAGGGGCCAGCUGCCCAACAUCGUCUACCACAUGCGGGAUCCCCAUCAUUUCGAGGACAUCCUGAACGCCAUCGGGCGAGCCGUUAAUUCUUUCACGGUCAGGACCGACGCGGGAAAGUCGUGCCGAGUCUGCACGGAUUUCAGUAAACGCGUUUACGACAAGUGUUUCUCCGAGGCCGAUAAGAGAUACCCUCUGUGAACAUGUAAUGUCAUCCAGUUUAACAGUUGAACCACUUGCCGCUUCUCAAUUGAUUUCAA